CCCCUGCCCGCCGCCAUGUACCGCUGCUUGGGCGAAGCGCUGCUGCUGGCCCGGGCCGGGCCCGCCGCCCUCAGCCCGGCGGCAGCCGAGUCGGCCGCGCUGCUGGGCCGGGCCCGCGGGCAGCCUACCGCCGCCCCGCAGCCCGGGCUCGCGCCGCCCGCCCGGCGACACUACAGCGAGGCGGCUGCCGAUCGCGAGGACGACCCCAACUUCUUCAAGAUGGUGGAGGGCUUCUUCGACCGCGGCGCCAGCAUCGUGGAGGACAAGCUGGUGGAGGACCUCAGGACCCGGGAGAGCGAGGAGCAGAAGCGGAACCGGGUGCGCGGCAUCCUGCGGAUCAUCAAGCCCUGCAACCAUGUGCUGAGCGUUUCCUUCCCCAUCCGGCGCGACGACGGCUCCUGGGAAGUCAUCGAGGGCUACCGGGCCCAGCACAGCCAGCACCGCACGCCCUGCAAGGGAGGCAUCCGUUACAGCACAGACGUGAGCGUAGAUGAAGUGAAAGCCCUGGCUUCUCUGAUGACGUAUAAAUGUGCAGUAGUUGAUGUGCCAUUUGGAGGUGCUAAAGCUGGUGUGAAGAUCAACCCCAAGAACUACACCGAUAGUGAAUUGGAAAAGAUUACAAGGAGGUUCACCAUGGAGCUAGCAAAGAAGGGCUUUAUUGGUCCUGGCAUUGAUGUGCCUGCCCCUGACAUGAGCACGGGUGAGCGGGAGAUGUCCUGGAUUGCUGACACCUAUGCCAGCACCAUAGGACACUAUGAUAUUAAUGCACAUGCCUGUGUUACUGGUAAACCCAUCAGCCAAGGUGGUAUCCACGGACGGAUCUCGGCUACUGGCCGUGGUCUUUUCCACGGGAUUGAAAACUUCAUCAACGAAGCUUCUUACAUGAGCAUUUUAGGAAUGACGCCGGGGUUCGGAGAUAAAACAUUUGUUGUUCAGGGAUUUGGUAAUGUGGGUCUGCACUCUAUGAGAUACCUACAUCGCUUUGGUGCUAAAUGUGUUGGUGUUGCGGAAUCUGAAGGGAGCAUAUGGAAUCCAGAUGGUAUUGAUCCAAAGGAACUGGAAGACUUCAAGUUGCAACAUGGGUCAAUCAUGGGCUUCCCCAAGGCAAAGCCCUAUGAAGGGAGCAUUUUGGAAGCAGACUGUGACAUACUGAUCCCAGCAGCCAGCGAGAAGCAGUUGACCAAGUCCAAUGCACCCAGAGUCAAAGCCAAGAUCAUUGCUGAAGGGGCCAAUGGACCUACAACUCCAGAAGCUGAUAAGAUUUUUCUGGAGAGGAACAUUAUGGUGAUUCCUGACCUCUACUUGAAUGCCGGAGGAGUGACAGUCUCUUACUUUGAGUGGCUGAAGAAUCUCAAUCAUGUCAGUUAUGGCCGCCUGACCUUCAAAUAUGAAAGGGACUCUAACUACCACCUGCUCAUGUCUGUUCAAGAGAGUUUAGAAAGAAAAUUUGGAAAGCACGGUGGAACUAUUCCCAUUGUACCCACAGCAGAGUUCCAAGAUAGGAUAUCGGGUGCAUCUGAGAAGGACAUCGUGCACUCUGGCUUAGCUUACACCAUGGAGCGCUCUGCCAGGCAAAUCAUGCGCACAGCCAUGAAGUAUAACCUGGGGCUGGACCUGAGAACCGCUGCCUAUGUCAACGCCAUUGAGAAAGUCUUCAAGGUGUACAACGAAGCUGGCGUAACCUUCACAUAGAUGGAUUACAGCUGGCUUCUCCAUUACCCUCUCCACCUGUAGCUUCUGCAGACCUAUCACAAGUUUACAUGUAACCACAGAAAUCUCUUUCUCUCAUGACUUACUAGGUAACAGACACCAUUCUCAACAAGCCAGUCGAAAUCAGCCUCGUAAAAGGAAAGAAAGAAAUGAAGGUUAGGUGAUCACGUACAAGCUGAUCAGUGUGAAGGUAGAAAUCAUCCAUGCCAGAGGACCAUUUGGGAUAUUUUUCUUGGAAUAAAAAACCUCUUCCAUCUGGCUCUUGCUUCCCUGCUUCGUGGCUGCAUCCCAACACGCCAAUUACUGUUGUUUGGGAUGAGCCCCUUAGUCCUAGAGCAGCCAGUGGCGUGCGUUCUUUCACUCUGGACAAGCCUGGGGUGUGCUAUAACUUAGAAGUAUUUAAGAAGUAGCUGUGUGGCAUCUCAGAAGGUGGCAUGGUCCUAAAGUGAGUUAUUGAUGUUUCACAGCAGUAAAAUAACUCAGUUUUGCAGGUUGCAAACAAAAAUGAGAGCUAUUCCUCUUUAUGCAUUUCAUUCUUUUAUAAAAUCAGUACAUGCCGCUCUAAUAAAAUUGCCUUGAAUCCCUUAACAAGCCUAACCUUGACUCAAGCAGAGAAUGCCUAUAAACAUAAAUGGAAAAAGCUAGUAUUUUUAUAACAUAAACAGUAUCAUUUAUAGCUUAUCAGUUGUGUAUUGUUGUCCAGCAAAAAUAAAGCCAGAUGGAGAGUUAUCUUCCUAACUGCCCGUGUUGGAGGCCAUUUUUGUUAAGACUGUCUGAAUCUGCUAACUACAAUUAUGACACAAAGUCCAAAGAAUGCAGUAACCUCCUUAUCAUGCUAAUUAAUUUUUAUUUGAAGGAUCUAUCAUGUUGACUAAUUGAACAAUAAUUUAAGUAGAGUAUCCCAGAAAAAUAGAUACUCAAGUUUUCCUGUGUGGAGGCUUGCUGGCAGCUCUGAGUAUUGCCCUGGGCUCAGCUCUGCGGCCUUUUUCUCUUGAGAGCCCCACACACUGCCCACAAGCUUACUUCACAACAUCUGACUGAAAACAACCCUGGAUUCCGUGUUGUGUUGGGAGUUGUUUGGCCAGGGCCCUUUGAAAAGAAGUGUCCCAGUGAAAUGCUAGAUACUAUUUAUGUAAUGAAUGAACGUCUUUUUUUUUUUUUUUUAAA